UAAUUGCAUUUGUUAGAAUCUCACCACAUUGCAAGUGAAGAAUAUACCAGAGGAUUGAUCAAGUAGAUCUGGGCAGUCACCUCUUGGAAUACUGAACUGGUAUGAUUGAUGUGUCACAGGCAACUCCAGGCUAAAGUGAAAGGAGAAAACAAAGCAAUCAAAGCAAGCCAUGAAGAUACCAAAAUUAUAUUACGCUUGUGGAAUUUUUGGAUGUGCAAUUAUUAUUGUUGCUUAUGUGAAAUGGAGUGACCUCAAACCCGUACUGGAAACAACAGAACGUGCUGUGGUUGAUUUGAAAAAUCAUCUCAAUAGUGAGCCAUCAAGAACAGAUGAGGAGGUUCUUUAUGGAAUUAUGUUCGAUGCUGGAAGUACUGGAACUCGAAUACACAUAUACAAAUUUACCCAAAAUCCACAAGAAGCUCCAAAAGUAACUGAUGAAACCUUCAAAGCACUGAAACCGGGUCUGUCUGCAUAUGCCAACAAUGUUGAUGAGAGUGUUCAAGGAAUAAAUGAGCUGCUUACAGUUGCUAAGGAAGUUGUUCCUAUGUCAUUAUGGAAGUCCACCCCUUUAGUCCUUAAAGCAACAGCUGGUUUAAGGCUACUUCCAGGAGAAAAAGCACAAGAAUUGCUGGAUAAGGUAAAGCAGAUUUUUCACGAGUCUCCAUUCUUGGUAAAGGAUGACUGUGUCUCCAUAAUGGAAGGAAAAGAUGAAGGUAUUUCUGCAUGGAUAACGCUCAACUUUUUAACUGGCAACUUGAAUGAUCCUACAAAGAGAAGUGUAGGGAUGCUGGAUUUAGGAGGAGGAUCAACACAAAUCACAUUUCAGCCAAGCAGUGAGACAACUCUGGAGGAGACAUCUGCUAGUGACAUCAUUUCAUUUCAGAUAUUUAACCAGAUGUACAAACUGUAUUCUCACAGUUACUUGGGCCUUGGAUUAAUAGCGGCAAGAUUUUCACUGUUAGGAGUUGUUCAGGGGCAAGCCUUAAAGGAAGAUGAAGAAUUGACAAGUCCCUGUUCAUCACCUAAUUUUCAGGGUGAAUGGGAGCAUGCCAAGAUUCUGUACAAAAUUAAAGGGCAGAAGGCAGAAAAACCUCUCUAUGAAUCCUGUCUUGAUGAAGUAGCAAAAAUAUUCAGCCAGAAGAUUCACAAGACACUUGAAGUAAAGGACUUAGAAUUUUAUGCUAUUUCCUACUAUUAUGACUUGGCUACGGAUCUUGGUUUGAUAGAUAAAGAAGGAGGGACCAUGACUGUCAAUGACUUUGAAACUGCUGCAAAGAAUGCAUGUAACAUGGAGGUACACCAAGGAGCGUAUCCAUUCUUCUGCAUGGAUCUCAUCUAUGUCAGUUUGCUGUUGCAAGAAUUGGGCUUUCCAAAGAGCUAUGUUCUUAAGCUUGCCCGAAAAAUCAACAAUGUUGAAACUGGCUGGGCUCUGGGAGCUACGCUUCGCUACCUGGAUUCACUUAACAAACUGCAGUAUUGAUUGUCCAGUGGCAAAAAGCUAAAUCUGAAAGAAAAAAGUGCAGAGAUGUUGCCAGUUUCUUAGCUUCUGCUCCCAGACUAUAUAAGACUUGUGGGACUUCUUCUUUCAUCGAGAAACACAUGUGCCUUGAUUCUGGUGACUUGGAUCAUGCUACUUUUUAAAAGUGUCACU